AAGCCAUCCCUGGCGUCUUCCAACUCCCCUGUCAUUGUUUGUGCUUCCCACAGAGCGUUCUGGUUUGUGCAGCUCAGAAGCCCAGCCAAGGCAGACCGACGUGCACACGGACACGCGACAGACGAGGACGCGCUGGCUGCUGGAUCCUGCCGCCUCCCCCUUCUCCCUAUUUCCUGUGCCUGGAGGAUGAGCCCAGCCUUCAGAGCCAUGGACGUGGAGCCCCGCACUAAGGGCAUCCUCUUGGAGCCCUUUGUCCACCAAGUUGGGGGACACUCCUGCGUACUCCGCUUCAACGAGACCACCCUGUGCAAGCCCCUGGUCCCCAGAGAGCACCAGUUCUACGAGACCCUCCCAGCCGAGAUGCGCAAAUUCACACCCCAGUACAAAGGUGUGGUCUCGGUCCGCUUUGAAGAAGAUGAAGACAGGAAUUUGUGUUUAAUAGCAUAUCCGGUCAAAGGGGACCAUGGAACUACGGACAGUGUAGACAAUUCAGACUGUGAACCAAAGAGUAAGCUCCUGAGGUGGACAAACAAAAAACAUCAUGUCCUAGACACAGAAAAGGCCCCCAAGGACUGGGUGCGGCAGCAUCGGAAAGAAGAGAAGCUAAAAAGCCAUAAAUUAGAAGAAGAAUUUGAGUGGCUGAAGAAAUCUGAAGUUUUAUACUACAGCGUAGAGAAAAAGGGGAAUGUAAGUUCGCAACUGAAACACUACAACCCAUGGAGCAUGAAGUGUCAUCAACAGCAGUUACAGAGAAUGAAGGAGAACGCAAAGCACCGGAACCAGUAUAAAUUCAUCUUAUUGGAGAACCUGACUUCCCGCUACGAGGUGCCUUGUGUCUUGGACCUUAAGAUGGGGACACGCCAGCACGGUGACGAUGCUUCUGAGGAGAAGGCUGCCAACCAGAUCCGCAAAUGCCAGCAGAGCACCUCUGCAGUCAUCGGUGUGCGCGUAUGUGGCAUGCAGGUCUACCAGGCAGGCAGCGGGCAGCUCAUGUUCAUGAACAAAUACCACGGCCGGAAGCUGUCGGUGCAGGGCUUCAAGGAGGCGCUCUUCCAGUUCUUCCACAACGGGCGGUACCUGCGCCGAGAGCUGCUGGGCCCCGUGCUCAAGAAGCUGACGGAGCUCAAGGCGGUGCUGGAGCGCCAGGAGUCCUACCGCUUCUACUCCAGCUCCCUGCUGGUCAUCUACGACGGCAAGGAGCUGCCCGAGGUGGCUCUGGACUCGGACGCGGAGGACUUGGAGGACCUGUCGGAGGAAUCGGCGGACGAGUCCGCUGCCGCCUAUGCCUACAAGCCGCUGGGCGCCAGCUCGGUGGACGUUCGCAUGAUCGACUUCGCACACACCACCUGCAGACUCUACGGCGAGGACCGCGUGGUCCACGAGGGCCAGGACGCGGGCUACAUCUUCGGGCUCCAGAGCCUGAUAGACAUUGUCACAGAGAUCAGCGAGGAAAGCGGGGAGUGAAGGCGGGGUGCGCCCGCCCCAGAGACUCUUCUGUGUCCCGGGCACAGCUGCGCUGCGUCGGGAAGGAGGCCAGUACGGCCAGGCGGUGGCCCCUGCAGCCUGGAGCUGACGGGCGAGGCCUCGGAACCCAGCCUGAGCCAGUCCUAACCGCGCUCGGAGUCUAUUUAUUUGAACUCUUUCUUCGACAUUCCACAUUUGACGAUGCAGAUACCUCUUUCUUCCCCGAGUGUACAUGUUCUAAUACAGAUCCUUUUGUUAACUGUACAAA